AUGCAGGCGUCUAGUGUGCAACCUGUAUUUAAAUUGGAAUUAAAUCACAAAGUAACACCUGGGAUAGUAACUGUCGCAAAGUAUGACGGUGCUCAUAGCUGCCUUACGGCGUCUGCUGGUUACGACAAAAUCAUUAUCCAUCACCCUCAUGGAGGCAUGAUAAGCGGACGUGCACAACGAUCUUCAGCUCACGGAGAGGUUUCUGAGCUUAAUCUUAGUCAAGCAGUUAUUGCCUUAGCCACAGGACCAAUUAAACCAGAUUGUAAUCGAGAUAUGCUACUCAUAGGAUCUCCUACUCAAAUAUUAGCAUAUGAUGUUCACGAUAACUCAGAUCUGUUUUUCAAAGAAGCCCCAGAUUGUGUUAAUGUGAUUAUAGUAGGUCAUUUUGGUAAAUAUAACGAAAUCCUAGUUAUUGUUGGUGGUAAUAGUUCCGUACUUGCACUUAAUUGGGAAGGAAAUGAAAUAUUUUGGAACGUAGUAAGUGGUAAAGUUUGCUCGAUGAUAACUUUCGACUUUGACAGGGAUGGUGAAAAUGAGCUUCUUAUUGGAUGUGAAGAUUCAUACAUUAAAGUACUAAAAAAUAAUCAAUUUAUAAUGGAACUGGCUGAAACUGGGCCCGUUCUUUGUUUAUCACAAAUAAGUGACGUCAGAUUCGCUUAUGGAUUAGCAAACGGAACCAUAGGAAUAUACGAAGAAGGCAUUAGAUUAUGGAGAGUUAAGUCUAAGCAAAACGCAGUUUCUCUCCGAUGGUCAGGUGAUAGUCUAGCAUGUUGUUGGGCCAAUGGUCGAAUAGAUUGGCGAGAUGGAACAGGACGAGUUCACAGACGUGUGCAAAUGCGAUCUAAUGCAGCAGCUAUGUUGCUUGCUGACUAUCGAUCCAUUGGAGUACCUGAUCUUGUUUGUAUUUCCGAUAGAGGAGAAGUGCUAGGCUAUCCUCCUGUACAAGAGAAUAUGGGAAUGAAUACAACCUCAAAUAAGUUGGCGAACGAAGAGGACCGCUUGGCUGUUACAGAAUUAUUAAAUAAAAAGCAGGCUUUAAUGGUUGAGUUACAACAUUAUGAAGCAAAUGCUUCUAGUAUGAAUCUAGAUCUAGAGAGAUCUACAACUGCUAUGCCAACUAGCACCAAAUUACAAGUUGCUGUUGCGGCUGAUACCGACGAAGGUUGUCUUCAAUUGGCCAUUUCAACAAAUAAUAGCACAAUCGUACGUGUAGCGCUAGUUCUGGCUGAGGGUAUUUUCGAAUCAGGCGAAACUUUAGCAAGACAUCCUAAUUCAACACAAUUGAAAUCUCUCCUGUAUGUACCUUUGGAACCACCUAGAGAUGUUCCUGUUGAUGUUCAUAUUAAGGCUCUUGUUGGUUAUCCAGAAAGUGAACAAUUUCAUAUUUUUGAAUUGACAAAACAGUUGCCACGAUUUUCAAUGUAUACGAUGUUAAGUACAUCAAUAGUUAAGACAAAAAUCGAUAGCUAUGUAAGCUUUCGUAUUACUGAGAGAGUUCAAAGGAUCUGUAUUUGGAUCAACCAAAAUUUUCUUUUAGAUGAAGAGAUUGACUUAGAAAAUGAGGACACUAGAGAACUGCACAUUAGUUUCCUGUGCCUUAGAGACAGAUCUCGAGUAGAUCUGGAUUUUGGUGCAGACGGUCAAGUGAAGUUUACCACUCAUGACAUUAGAUUAGCUGGCGAUUUAAUUCAGAGCUUAGCUAUAUAUUUAAAUUUAUCCGAUUUACAGUCUCUAGCUAGAUUUCCAGAAGCUGAAGAAAAACUGAGAUCAGAAAUGAAUAUAGUGUCUGAAGUGGGCGAGACCAGGUACAGAUUAGCAGCAGAAACUGCAGAAAAGGCUCAGUUGAUCACGGCAUUGUUGCCUGCUGCUCAAGAUGCAGCAUCUUAUGAUUUAAAGGAAAUGCUAAACAGAUACAAAGAUGUCAUUUUGUUAAAUGAAGAAUUAUUGACAAGUUGUCACAUUCGUUGUGCUACGCAAGAACAGGCAGUAGCCUCACUCAAAAAUCUUCAUACUAUUUUACAACAGGCAGCUAGACUAAGAGUGGGGAAAUAUAGCAAAGCUGUUAUAACAGCUUGUAGGGCAGCUGUAAGUGAUAACAAUACCGAAGCCCUUGUUAAAAUACUUCAAGCUGGAGAUAAUUAA